AUGCGCCAGCGGCGUAAUCCAAUCGUUGCAGGCUGUCUGCGAGCCUUUUACACGACCAGCAAGAAACUCGCACUAACUUUACGACCGCAGACAAUUUCAAUCAGUAUAUUGAAACACCAUGAGAGCGAGUACAAAGAUGCCGCAACUAGAGAUAUCGGAACAAAAGGCGGUUGUUUGUGUGAGAUAGCGUUAAUUUCGUUAAGGAGUCUCAAUCAGGGAAGACAUGUAAGUAAAGUCGGCGGGCGGUCGCCGCGGGAGCGAUUCAAGCGAAUUACCGUACCUGGAGGCGCAGGGGCCGACUCGUUAGUUGUUGUUUGCCGAGUGACGCGGGUCAAUCAGCAGAGACAUGCACGGAACCGCACUUCUUCAUCCCUCCCCCCCCCGUCCUCUCAACCCUCACCCCGCAUCCCCCGCACCGCCCCGCUCGUUAGGCCGCGUCGUCUCUGUCAACUGUGA